GCUCUUUCGGCCGGCAAGGGCGGUGGCGCGCAUGCGUACGGCGACGGGGCCCGGGCGUUGCGCCGCUGGGCCCCGGCGCGCCUUCGGACUGACGGCAUGCUGACUCCCAGGCCUUGGGAUACUGUGUCGCUUCCAUAGAGAUGUCACACCGAGGUGGUGAGCGAGACUUCCAGACUUCAGCCCGGCGCAUGGGCACCUCUCUGCUUUUCCAGCUUUCAGUACAUGAACGGGAGCUGGACCUGGUGUUUUUGGAUCACAGCUAUGCCAAGCCAUGGAGCGCUCACCCAGAUGCCAGCAGUGCCCGCCCAACCCGCAUGCUCUUUGUCACCCCCAGGCGUCACCAGGACAGUACCAUUGAGGCAGACAUUCCUAUCGAUGUGGAGACUGUCACUUCUACUCCAGUGCCACUCUAUGACAACCAGAAGGCACGAAGUGUAAUGAAUGAGUGUGAACGCCAUGUCAUCUUUGCCCGGACUGAUGCUGAUGCUCCACCCCCACCUGAGGACUGGGAGGAGCAUGUGAACAGGACUGGUUGGACAGUUGCCCAGAACAAGCUAUUCAACAAGAUUCUCAAAGCCUUGCAGUCUGACCGGCUAGCCCGGCUAGCCAAUGAAGGGGCUUGUAAUGAGCCUGUAUUGCGGCGAAUUGCUGUGGAUAAGUGUGCAAGGAGAGUUCGACAGGCACUGGCAAGUGUGAGUUGGGACAUUAAACUGGUCCAGUGGUUGCAUACAACGUUGGUGGAAACCCUGAGCCUGCCUAUGUUAGCAGCCUACCUUGAUGCCCUGCAGACAUUGAAAGGGAAGAUACCAACCUUGAUUGACCGGAUGUUGAUGUCAUCUACCACAAAGACUGGGGCAGCAGGAGCUGAAGCCUUGUCUCUCUUGCUCAAAAGGCCCUGGGAUCCUGCUGUGGGAGUGCUUUCUCAUAACAAACCAAGCAAACUCCCUGGAUCUCCACUGAUUCUCAUUGCCUCCUCUGGUCCCUCGAGCUCCAUGUUCCCUACCUCUCGAAGGCAUCGCUUUUGGCAGUCACAGCUCUCCUGCUUGGGCAAGGUCAUCCCAAUUGCCACUCAUCUCCUAAACAAUGGGAGUGGAGUAGGAGUUCUUCAGUGUCUUGAGCACAUGAUUGGGGCUGUUCGAGGCAAAGUACUAGAGAUUCACAAUCAUUUCCCCCACAAACCUAUCAUCUUGAUUGGCUGGAAUACAGGAGCCCUGGUGGCUUGUCAUGUAUCAGUGAUGGAGUAUGUCACAGCAGUUGUCUGCCUUGGAUUUCCUCUGCUUACAGUGGAUGGGCCAAGAGGGGAUGUGGAUGACCCUCUCCUGGAUAUGAAGACGCCAGUCCUCUUUGUUAUUGGCCAGAACUCCCUACAGUGUCAUACUGAGGCCAUGGAGGACUUUCGGGAGAAGAUCCGUGCUGAUAACAGCAUGGUGGUAGUUGGAGGAGCUGAUGACAAUCUCAGGAUAAGCAAAGCAAAGAAGAAGUCUGAAGGUCUGACUCAGAGCAUGGUGGACAGAUGUGUCCAGGAUGAAAUUGCAGACUUUCUGACUGGUGUGCUCACUCGUGCUGAGGGUCACAGCAGCUCUGAGCCCCGAGAUCAGGAUGCUGAGAAGAAGAAGAAACCUCGUGAUUCAGCCCGCCGGGACUUAGCUUUUGAACUUCCUGAACGGGGAAGUCGGCCUACCUCUCCUGCUGCUAAACUUCCUGCCUCACCUUCUGGUUCCGAGGAUCUAUCAAGUGUGUCUAGCAGCCCCACCUCUAGUCCGAAGACCAAAAUGGCUACAGUGACUUCUGCCCCUAAGUCUAGCCAAAUUGGCACUGCCCAGCUAUUGAAGAGACAUGUACAGCGGACAGAAGCUGUCUUGACCCAUAAACAGGCUCAAGCGCAGUUUGCUGCUUUUCUGAAACAAAACAUGCUGGUGAGGAAAACUCUUCCUCCCGGCACCUCCUCCUGUCUCUUUGUUCCCAUCACCUCAGACCAAGCCGAGGAAGCUGAUAAAGAAGACCUUCGGGGCCAGCUGAAGCGUCAGCAUCCUCCUAGCCCCCCUCCGGGCAGCAAGGCUUCCAAGAGAGCCAAGAUCAAAGUGACCAUUGUCUCUCAUGGGGAUGGAGCUAGUGGACCAAGUCUCCCAUCCCAAGCAGGAACCACUGAGGGAGGAAAGCCCAUUACUGUGACUCGGGGGCAAGCUGCCGUAGGUGCCAAGGAGCUAACAGGGCUUCUCACCACAGCCAAAUCAAGUGCAGCUUCUGAAGCAGUGUCAGUGAGCCCAGCUUCUUCCUCCAUUAUUCCCAACAGUACUGCUCCUAGUGCCUUCCAUACUCUGCAGAGCCGCUUGGUGGCCAGUGGUGGUCACUGUGUGGCAGCCUCCCCUGGCAGCACACUCCCAGGGUCCACAUCUGCCAGCAGCCUCCUCCAGGGUCUCAGCUUCAGCCUGCAGGAUAUCAGCAGCAAAACUCCUACCCUUCCAGCUAGUGCUUCCCCAGGGCCAGCCACACAGACCACCAGUGUGAAGUUGCCUACCCCUAUGCAGAGCCUGGGUGCCAUCACCACAGGCACUGGCACCAUUGUUCGUACCAUUCCUGUGGCCACCACCCUCUCCUCCUUGGGUGCCACUCCUGGUGGGAAGCCUACAGCCAUCCACCAACUGCUGACCAAUGGGGGCCUUGCCAAGUUGGCCAGUAGCCUCCCUGGCCUGGCUCAGAUUUCUAAUCAAGCAGCAGGCUUGAAGGCCCCAACCACCAUUACAGUAACUCUGCGAGGCCAACCCAGCCGUGUCACCACAUUGAGCCCAAUGGGCACAGGAGCUGCUUCCCUAGAGGAGUCCACUUCUCAGGCUCUGCCUUCUACCCCACAGCGAUUGCCGCCAGCUCCUUGAAGACCCCUGUGUAACGUUUCCACUCUCAUCGUCUGUGAUGGCUGCCUUCCAAGAACCCCGCAGGCACAAUGACUGCUUUGUGAUGUUGUCUGCCUUCUUGAAGACUUCCUUUGAGAUUGUCCUUGUUUGCCUGCUCAAUCAUCAAGGAUAGGCAUCUGAGUCUUUAGAGCCAGUGGGCUAGGUAACCUCACUAUUCAGCAAAAUGCAAUACCAUCCUCUGGGAUCUGCAGGUUUUGGCCUCCACGCCACUCCUUUCUCCGCUUCCCUCCCCUUCCUUUUCCCCAAACCCCCUUUAAUGCAGUGGAUAGCUAUACUACUGGGGCUCGCACACUUUAUAGGCAUUAUCACCACAUGGGAUUAGAAGCUCUCAUUCUCAAAGAGGAAAAAGCUUCUUGCCUUUUAGUAGGGUUACUGAGGUCAAAACAAACAAAAGGUGAGAUUAGUAAGAAGCAAUGGCUUUCGUGAUAAGAUACCAGCCAAGCCAAUCAGGUGACAGCCAGGCUGGUAGUCACCCCUCCUCAUCAGCCAUAUCUGAACAUGAGUGCAAAUGUUGCAUUUUUGAGGUUUAAUAAAGCUGUUUCUCUUUGAAGGUCUCUGUUGCCCUCUGUGGCAAGAAUGGGAGGAGACUGUGUAUAAGGAUUAGCAGAAAGAAAGCCUAGCCUCCUGACUCUACAUAUGGUCAUGAAGGCAUCCCAGCAGUUUUGCUUUGCAGUACCUUAUAGGGCAAUAAAUCUGACACAGCUCUCUGAUCUAGAAGUCAAACCAGGAUCCCUAGAGACCUGAAGACUCUUUUUCAAACCUGUCUUAAUGAAGGUGAUGAAGACUCAGUUGACAUCUCUAGGCCCUUCUGAUUCAACCCAUCUGUCUGCUGAGUAAACAGCAGCACCUGAGGAUAGUGCCAGCCAAGGCCUAUUUCAUUUCACAUUGGAUACUUCCAGUAGGUAGAAGGCUAGCAAGUCAGGAGGGACUGCAGAGAAGGAAGUAAAUAAUGGAACAGCUUAAGGGAGCAGCAGUAGGCAAGUUAGCUAACAUGAUUUGUUCUUGGGCUUUGCAUCCCAUUCAACUUUUACUCAAGCAUUGGUGUCUGUGUGAGUUGUGGGGCACAGGCUAUUGAGCCUCAGGAAUAAUUAGGCCAAAUGAGUCAGAAUAGGGAUUGUUACCCAUAUUUAGCAAAAAGGAUGAGAAAGACCAAGUUAUUCUCUACUACCUGGAUGCUGUGGAGUUUAGCCAAACAUGCCAAAUGCUGGACACUUCAUGAAGUGUGUGGGAGUCAGGAAUGCCACUCCUUCCUCCAUUUUCUGGGUGGCUACCUUUUUUAUUUUCUCAUCUGGAAGUUGGAGAUAGUUAAGUAGCCAAGUGAUGACUGUCAGGCCCAGCUCAGUAAGCAGAAAGAUCUCUAGGGAAGUUGUUAGAAAUGGAGACCACCAUCUUCCUCAGUACUUGACACUGGAAAGAGGUUUAGGUGUGAUAUAUUAUUUCCUCUUCCUCUCCAACCUCCCUAACAAAUUGAAGUGAACUUGGGUGGGAGAAGGAACCAGCCUUUUGAUGCCCAGCCAAGCAGCAGACUUAGUUAUUUAAUGGCUGCAGGCGGUGGUGGGGAAGUUUAUAUCCAUUGGUAUAGACUGCUAUGGUGUUUCUGGUGUCUGUGCCUGUCAGACUCCACUGAAUUAGGGCUCUGCUUUUCCUUUGGAAAGGAGCCUUCCAGAACAGUUGGCCCCUCAGUGGCAUGGCACGUGCAGAGGGUCCAUUGUCUCUCAGGCUGCUGGGUAGCAAGUGGGACCUGUGAUUUUGCUCAUGUGUUUUAACACUGGCUCACAGAGCUCUUCAGGUGUGCAGGUGAUGCGCUAGACUCCUGGUAGCACUGAAAUGCUGAGCUAGCAGAAGGCAAACUGUAGUAGCAUUUGAUGGAAACAGGCAGAAAUCCUCCAUGGGGACAAGUGUAAAGCAGGAGAUUUAGGUGACAGUGAUCCAGACUAUCUAGAACUGGUUUCUAAGUUAACUAUCCAUUCCAUUCAUGACCCAGGAAAGAUCUGUAAGUUGUUGGGAGAAUGUUCCCUGAUAUGAUUCACUCAGGGUACUGCUGGAGCCGGAAAGUUUAAUCAAAUGAUGAGCACCAGCCUGAACAGUACAGAAAACAGAACAUUAUGGACCCCCUGUGCAAAACUGAUUUGUUUGUACAUGGACAGUGUCUUCUAUCUGUCUUGUUGCCAUAGCUUAAGAAAGACAUGACAGAACUAGAGAAGAAUAUCGUAGGCUUGAUAUAAAUAUUAAAGUUCUCCAGGUUGGAGAGCAAGGUUAAAAACAUGGCAGUUGAAGUCCAUAAAAUUGUGAAGGGUGAAUGUGAAUUAGUACUCCAAAAUUUUAAGAAGAGUAGAUUCCCUUUAAAGCUGGAAUGGAGUGAUGAAAAGCAAGUGCCCUUUAGCACAAUGAAGAGUAAGCUUAAGGAAUUUAUUACUGUCUGUAAGUGGUCUUACUCACAUAUAUAAUUGGGGAUCAGCAAUAGCUUAGGUAAAUGCAUGGAAGAUAGGUCUAUCGUGUCAUUAAAGAAAAUAAGAAGUGCUUUGGAGAGCCUCCCUCAACAUUGAGGAAAUCUCCUUGAGAAGAGCAUGUACCCUGGCUGGGAAAUGGGGCUGACCUAAUGUGGCAGUUCUUAUGUUCCAUUGACAAUAAACCGUGGCGUGCUGCUAACUUAUUUUUUGAAAUUAUUUCAUUUUUAUCCUUAUAGCAACCCUGUGGUUUAGGCCAGGUAGGUAUUAUUCCCUUUUCACCAAUGGGAAAAUAGGGCCACAGAAUCUGAUUGAGAAGAAACCUUAAAGGCCUUCUAUACCAAAAAUUUCCAUCUCUGGUUUUUCCAUCUCUUUAGUUAAAAUGUGUUACCCAGAAAUGUAUACAGUAUUCUAUAAUAUGCUAAUUUGUAGUUUGACUAGAGAAUAGUAUAAAUAUUCUAGAUACUUCAGUAUAGCCAAAGAAAACAUUAACUUUUUUUAUUGCCAUGGUUCCCUGUUGACCACUUUUGAACUUGAGGUAAACCCUCAAGAUCUUUCAGAAUGACUAUAGUCUAGUAGUGCUUUCCCGCUCUAGUUUUACUAAAGGUUUUUUUUCCCCCAGCUCUGUAUUACCUGUUAUUAUUCAUAAAACUCUUGAUAAUACAGUAUAGUAAUUUCCUGAGAAUGUUGUGUCUUGUUCAACAGUAGAGGGUGCUUUUGUGUUACUGUAGAAAUGGGUUAAAUAUUCUCAAGAGGAAUCAGAGUGAGGAGGCUAAUGGCAUUUUGGGGAAUAUUCAAACUUGAUGGAUGAGUAAGAGACAUGUUGUCAGACUUGCUUUAAGUUGUAGAAAUGCCAAAUGAUAGAACUUGAAUCUAAGGCUGACUCAUUCAGAAAAUUAAUUCGUAAACUCUAGACAAAGUAUCAACUGUGCUGAGCCACCUUCUAGUGAAGAUACCAUAUCUGUUCCCUAGACCUUCACUUGGGGGAGGGAAUUGUGGUGAGAAUGAAUAAGCUGAGUUCAGUAUAAGAAUCUGAGGUGGGCUAGGCAUUGCUUUUGUCCGUGCAUUGAAACAGUAUGUAUUCAGAUAGGACGAAUUUCUCAGACUUUUCCUUCAAAAUUGUAAUUUCAGGCUUGCGAACUAAAUUUUAUGAAGCAGCCCUUCCAUCUCACUAACCUCAGUAAUACCUUUAAUUUUCCUUGGGUGAAGAUGAAGAUGCCAAGAGAGAUUUGGCAAAUGCCUUGGAUCUCUGGGAAUGUUGGAAGGGGUGGAACUGGAUACAAAAUUUAAGUAGAUGUGCUUUGGUACUCUUCCCCCUUCAGAGCCUUCUGGCUAACCAAAGUCCCUCACCUUACCCCUCACCCUAAUCUGCCUGUUUGCCUUUCCUUUAGGACUUCAUGCAUCAGAAUUGUUUGAUAUACCUUCUUCUUACUCCCACUUCUUUCAAAACUUCCAUAGUAGUAGGUGUUUAGACAAUCUGAUUAAAUUGUAGGAAGCCUGCAGGACUUUAAAAGUUACUGUUUUGUUUAGUCACAAGUUCAAGUAUUAUCUUACCAGUAGCAUGAUUAUGAAUUAUUAUGUGGUUUUCCUGCUCUUGUUGUAUUCAGUCCUGUACAUGGCAUCAUUGUAUUGUUUUUAAUGUCUCAAUGAAAAAAUAAUUGUUUAUAUUUUACUGAUCUUCUACCGAUUGCCCCAGUGUUACAGAAGCCUUAUAGAUGAAGGAUUUUCUUACGCUAUUUAUCAUAUUCAUUUGGGAAAUAUCUUGCUGAGCCUACUAUGUACAAGGCCCUGUGCCCUGCGUGGUGGGGAACACAGAGGUGAAUGAGAUGAAAUCCCUGCUCUUCUGGAACAUCUAGCCAUCAUAUACAUUCUGGCUCAAGCUUGCAAGGAGAUUUGUAAUUCAAGUCCUGGCUUUUGGGAAGCUUGCUUAGGAGGGAAUUUCAUUCCUUUACUAUGAGGCAGAAUGUUAAAGGGCAGUAAGAGAAGCCAUAUGCUAUGUUGGUUCACAGGACAGAGAGACCACUUCCAGUUGGGUUCUGAGAAGCCCAUGUGGGGGAGAGACCUUUUCGAGUUGGGUCUUGAAGGAGGGAAACAACUCCAUCAAGUUCCUCACACCACUGUCUCACUACUACCUGAGAGGACAUCACCCUGAAACUGAAUCUUUGGGCUUGUUGAGAUAACCCACCUGAACUCAUUCCUCAGAUUAUCAAACUCACAUGUUGUCAUACACUGUAGUGGUUCUGAACCCACAGUUGUUACUGUUCAAACUUCAUUCUGUUCCCCCAUUACCCAGUCCCUUACUCCCAUCACCCUCUGUCCAACCCCUCUCAUGUCACACUAUGAAGCUACAUAGCCUUUUCACUGUGCCCUUCAGAAUGCCUGCUUCAUAGGUAACAUUUAUUUUUUCAUCAAUCCACUAUCCUCACCACAGAUGAUUUUCCAAAUUUUUUUUCUGUCUCCUCAAAUCUCCCAUACCUCUCUUCUACUCCUUCCCCUCACCUGAGAACUUGGCCUAAUAUUUUACUGAAAAAAUUGAGACCAUUUGCUGAGAGUUUACCAGUCCCUGUGUUCAUCCUUAGUAGCCUCAUGAUAGUUGGAUUCAAAGGUAUCUGGGGUUGAUGAAUUUGUAAAGGGAUCUAGUUCCCUUUGUCAUCUUGGAUAUAAACUGGUGGUGUCUAUAACUGCCAUGGGCCUCUCAGAAUCAGCUUGUAGUUCUCAGAAGAGCUGUUUUCCAAAGACAAUUAUGUAGGCUCUUUUAUUUCUUAGGAUCCCAGGGACCUGGGUAGUGGUGAGACAGGUUCAUAUUUCCUUGUGCAUGUGAAUGUUUGUAAGUUGCCAAUAAACUUCAUAGGUUAGAUUAAAA